AUGAGGGAUGAGGAAGAGGGUGAAACUGAGGGUGCGGAUGAGGUGCUGAUGAGGGUGCAGGUGACGCUCAGCGCGGGCGCCGCGCCCUUCUUCGCCUCGCCCUCCUCCAAAAGGACCUUCCUGCAGGCUUACUUCAGGAACUUCAACCUCUCCUUUUGUGAUACUUACACGAUCUGGGACCUGCUGCGAGAGAUGGCCGGCCCCGACGGCCUGGACUGCAGCCUGGACAACCUGAUGGUGGACCUGGUGGUGGCGGCGGCCGGGGCGCUGGGCGGGGAGGCCUGUAGCAGCUGCGUCCAGGCGUACCAGCGGCUGGACCAACACGCUCAGGAAAAAUAUGAGGAGUUCGACCUCUUGCUGGAGAAGUACUUGCAAUCGGAAGAGUACUCGGUCAGAUCCUGCCUGACGGACUGCAAGGCUGUCUACAAGGCGUGGCUGUGCUCCGAGUACUUCAACGUGACCCAGCAGCAGUGCCGGCAGCGGAUCCCAUGCAAGCAAUACUGCCUGGAGGUGCAGACCAGGUGCCCCUUCGUGUUACCGGACAAUGACGAGCUGAUCUAUGGAGGUUUGCCUGGCUUCAUCUGUACGGGGCUGCUGGAGAACCAGCUGCCCAACGAGGAGGCCAAGUGCUGCGAGGUGCAAUGGGACUCCUGCGAGCACCCCCCAGACAGCAACGAGGACACAUCCCCCAAAUCCACGGCGUCAGAGUCACUCCAUUUCCACCGCCACGACCCCCACCUCCAUCACCAGAGGCAGAACCACUACCACCUCUACCACCACCACCACCACCAGUACCACCAGUACCACCAGCCCCACUCCCCGUCCUUGCUGCCGGUCUCCGCGGGGUCUCGCCUCAGCAGCAGCAGCAGGAUCAGACUGUGUGUGCUGGUCCUGAUGCUCCUCCACACCAUGGUGUCCUUCUCGAGCGUGCACGGCGGUGCCGGGGGGCUCAGCCUGGAGGCCCCACCUGCCCUGGAGGAGAGCGUGGCACGGGACGAGUGACACAGAGGGCAGAGCCGACCUCCAAGGAGAACGCCAGAUCUUUUUCCAUAAGGGGGGCACAUGCUAUUCCUCCAAUGGGAGGCACGGGAUUGGGGGUGGCGCACACGCACCCCCGCACAUCCCCCAAGAGCUGCUCGCGGGGCAUCCCCGUGGUGAAGAGUCUCUAACGCGCACAGGGCUGCGGGACCCGGCGCCAGAAGGGUUCGGGCAGGGCCAGCAUUCCCGGCCCCGCAGGCGCCGGGCGGGCAGGAACAGCACGGGGGCGGGGAGACCGAGGGGAGGGGUCCCUUGGAAUCGAAGGGUGUCCCCAUGGGACUGCCGAGGGUCCCCCGGCCGCUGCCGCGAGUGCCUUGGGCGCCCGCGCCUCCCCCUUGCGCCGUGCCGAGGUUUGACGGUCGGCCCAGCCCUCGUUCCUUUUCUCCUGGGUCUGUGAAUCCCGAGGGAGCAGGCUGAGGGGCAGCACCUCCCGGCACAGCCUGGCCCACUCCUGUCCCAGGGAAAAGCCACCGGCUCGGGGCAGACUCGCCCCGGUGGGGCGCAGUGUCCCCAGUGCAGCGCUGCCUGGCUGGUGGCGUUUGGGGACAGGAGUGGGAUGCUGUGACACUGCACUGUGGUACCACUCGGGGUUGGUCUCACUGCAUCCCAACCUGCUCCUCCAGCCUGGCCUUUCCUGCUCCUCUGUGUGAGGAGGAGGAGGGGGAGGAGGCACGGAGCAGGAGGGAUGUCCCCAGCAUUCCCACAUCCCACUUUGCCAAGUGUCCUGAUGAUUUGGUGUAACCUUUUCUGUUGUCCUUCCUGGCUGGUGAGACUGGUCUCAGUGAGGAGUUGGGGAGAUGUGGCUCCAGCAGCACACAGGCUGUGAGGGAGAGGGUUCCCACGUGGCAACAGUUUGGAUGCAGGGAAUCCCAAAGGCAUCCUUCCAUGCUUCCCAGCUACAAAUCAUUGACUGGAUGGCAGGAGGACUGGGCAAACGGGCUGGAGAAAUCUGGCUUGGAGGGAGAGUCUCCCACACAAAGAGGCACUAAUAAAGCCCAGCUAGGGAGGAGCAUUUUUGUGAAUAGUUUCAAUCCAUGGAUGCCCCCAGAUCCGGAAAUUUCUGGGAGCCCAGCUGGACUUGGCCAGGCAAGGUGCUGGCUGGUGCAGCCUCAUUCGGCUCACUUGGGGUGAUUUUUUUUAACCUGAGCUCAGCAUAUCCAGGGAUUCAGCCCCAAACAAACAUCAGAUCUCUAGGAUCUGAUCCCCAGGUCAUUUCCUGGGAAACUCCCAAUUCUCCACCCACCCACCAGAACUGUUCUCAGCAUGGACACUGCGAGGUGGUGCCUCCGGGCCGGGCACCAGGGGCUGUAAUUUGUCCUGGGUGUGGGCAGGGAAGGAAGAGAGGGUGUUUUAGCACAAGAUCACGAGUUGGGUGUGAACACACUCCCUGCUCCCAGAGGGGCUGGGAUGGUCCCUCUGUUUCCAGGCUGGCUCUUGACAGGAACCUACAGCAGAGCCCUGUGUGGGUCACUUCAGGAGACAAGGAUGGAGCAGGAGGAAUGUCCUGCUGCAUCCCAAAUGGAUCCCAGAUCCCUGUGAGGGUGCAAGAAGUCUCAGAGCUGAUGACCUGUAGGAGUUUUGUAGUUUCUGGUCUGUGGAGGUGAAGCAGAGCCCCGUGAGCAGAGCCCCAUGAGCAAAGCUACUUCCUGCCUGGCUGGAAGAAGGAAGUACCAGGCAUCUCGUGGGAAGCACAGGUUUCCUGACAUUUCCAGCCCAUUUCCAGACCAAAGAGGCUCUGAGAAGCAGCUGAAUGUUUGAUUCCUGCUUUGACUUGAAUCUCAGAGCUUUGGGGUGAUGUUUACACACCACCAGUUGCCUGUUCCCAAAGUCCUGCAGAGACGAGGCCUGUGAUCCCAUUGUCCCAUGGGUUUUGGGGUGGGAGAGGUGGUGCUCAUGGAAGGUGGAGAGUGUUUCCUGACCAGAUUCCCUUGCUGUUGCCAUCCAAAAAGUAGGAUGUCUCUCAUUUGACUAUUCCUCAUGACAUCCAUAUAAUUUCAGCCUAGUUUACACCAAUCAGAAGAGUUGGACAUGGAGCAGUUCUGCAAACCAGGAUCCAAUCCCUUGGUUUUCUGUGAGCAGUGGGUUGUGGAGCUGCUCUGAUAAGGAGUAAAAGCUCCCAGGCAGGCCAGGGGAGGGAGCACAGCCCCGUCCCUGCCUCCAGACAGCCGGAUCCUGAAGGAAAUUAGAUUUCUCCUGUACUGCCAAGAGUUAAGCUAAUUCCAGGCGCCUCUCUCGGAGAUAGACUGUGUCCAAUCUUGGAGCGACUCAUCGGGAGAGAGAAGAAUAGCCCAGUGUGGUGCGUCAGCAAGUGGCCCUGAGUCACUGGCCCUGUUCAUUGUGUCAUGUGUGACACUGAGCAGUGCUGGCGGGCACGCGGUGGCCCGGCCUCAGUCCCUGUGCCUCAUCCAGAUCCGGCACCAUCCUGAGGGAUGUGUGUCCUUCUCCCUGCCCCGAAGCCCUUGUGCCGUACGGGUGAUGGAGCAUCAGACCAGGCUGGUGAUGGGUGAUGUGGGAUUCCCAGAGAAGCUGUGGAAGUGUCCAAGGCCAGGUUGUACAAGGCUUGAAGCAACCUGGUCCAGUAGGAAGUGUCC